ACCGGCAGUUCGAGUCGAGACCCCGGAGCCAACAGGUCUGUCCUGCUUUGCGUCUUGGCGAAAAUUAAAAAAAAAAAAGAAAAAGGGCGGCGAGCCCACUUUUCGUUUCGGCCCCACGCGGUGGAAGGCGAAGUCGAGUGUCACCGUUGUCGUCACUCAACGAUACGCCGAUCGUCAUCGCUGGACGCACGCGAGAAAUCGAGGAUUCGACUUGUGAAUCGGAUUGUGAGCAGGACUCGAAAUCGACGGAAGUGAGAAUCUUUGGUGUGGUUGGUGCUGCUGGUGACUGAGAGACAGAGAGAGAGAGAGAGAGAGAGAGAGAGAGAGAGAGAGAGAGAAAGCGAGAGAGAGAAAGAGAGAAGUGGGAAGACAUAGAUCCUUCCUGGAAACAGGAACAGCUAGAUGGCAGUCAGCACUAUCAACAUGGCACCUUAUUUUACUGGCUAUCCGUUUCAAGGACAGGGUCGCGUGAACCAACUGGGAGGUGUGUUCAUCAACGGUCGUCCAUUACCGAAUCAUAUCCGCUUGAAGAUCGUCGAGAUGGCAGCGGCCGGCGUCAGGCCGUGCGUCAUAUCGAGACAGCUCAGGGUCUCGCACGGCUGCGUCUCGAAGAUCUUAAAUCGGUAUCAGGAAACGGGAUCGAUCAGACCCGGUGUGAUCGGCGGCAGCAAGCCGCGAGUCGCCACGCCGGAAGUCGAGGCGAGGAUCGAGGAUCUUAGGCGGCAGAACCCUGGGAUCUUCAGCUGGGAGAUACGCGAGAAAUUGAUAAAGCAGGACGGAGUCUGCGACAAAGCCUCGGCACCUUCCGUGUCCAGUAUCACCAGACUUUUACGUGGACCGGUCACUCAGACACGACCCGGCGAUGAUCUACGUAGAAAUCAUUCUAUCGAUGGUAUUCUCGCUGGAAGUAGCGGAGAUGACUCCGAUACGGAAAGCGAACCCGGCAUCGCGCUGAAAAGGAAACAACGCAGAAGUAGGACCACGUUCACCGGUGAACAAUUGGAGCAACUGGAAGCGGCUUUUCAUCGGACGCAGUAUCCUGACGUGUACACCAGGGAAGAACUCGCACAAAAAACGAAGUUGACGGAAGCGCGAGUGCAGGUCUGGUUUAGCAAUAGGCGCGCCAGGCUUCGUAAACAGCUGAACAGCCAACAACUGAACGCCUUCAACAUGAGUCUACCUUUCCAAACCCAACACUAUGGCAACGGUGCUGAGAGCUAUCAGAGCUAUGGGCAGGCGAGCGUUGCUGCCGCCGCAGCAACUACCGCCGGCUAUUCUCAGCAUUACAACUACGGGGAGAACUACUACACGGCGCAGCAGCAAUGGCCGCGGGCGACUCCGGAUAACUACGGACUGUUCAACUCCUCUCAUUACGGCAGCAGCAACCUUGCCUCCAAUCUGACUUCCACCAAUCUCAAUCUGGGCAGUCUUGGGGGUAGCGUCAGCCCGUCCGGGUCCAACAUGAGCGCCUGCAUGGUGCAAGGUGGUGCAUCCUCUUCCGGGGUAUCAGUCUCAACAGGGAUGGCGCCUCACGUGACUCCGCACAGCCCCAGCGAGGCGAAGAGCGGAUAUCCAUACUUAGGCGGCAUUGAUUCUCAGGUUUGCGGAAGAAUUCACUGAAUUUAAUUACGAAAAGCGAAUACUACACGCAAAUACAAAAAGAGAUAAUUUUAAAUUACUGUUAUUGUUAUUUAUGCUGUUUGUUAUUCUUUAUCUUCUUUUUUUCUGUUUUGGAAUUGGUAAAAAUAUUUGCACGCGUUUCGGAAAGAUUUUCUGGUUGACGAAGUAUACUUUAUAAAUUACGCUUCUCUAAGCUUUUAUUGUUAAAUAGUUAUUUGCGUUAUUGUGGUGCGACGAUUUUAUCUCGCAAUAUCGUUUUCAGAAUAACUUUCGAUUGAAGUAGAUGUAAAAAGUGUUAUAUAGUCUUUGAAAGAAGAGUGUUAUAAAGAGGUUUAUUUUACUCGGGGAAAGAUAUCAUUUCUUAUCAUUUUUAAGACGAGCAAUCCAAUAAUGCUAGUUAAAACUGUGUCACAUGAUGGGAAUAUAUAAAACAUUAAAGUAUAAAUCGAGGAAAUCUAUGACGUUGUAAUUAUUUGAAAAUUUACAAAUGGUUCGAUAUCGAGCGCUGAAAUUUCGGUUUUGGCAGAUCAAUAUUAAUCUAAUAUUGGCGUGAUAUUGAAAUAAUAAGAUGAAAUGCACCAAUCAUCAACGUUAUGUUUGUAUUACAAUUCAGAACUGUUUUAGUACGUUAUGUUAAUACCAGCCUAAUAUCAAUUAAUUAUUAUAGGAUUAAUGACUUGCAGCAAUGCUAUUAUAUUGUAUAAUACUUACUAUUAUACUUGCUUUAUCAUCACUAUUUACAUCGGAUAAUAAUUUUAAUAUCGUGAAAAAUUACAUAAUUUUUUUUUAUGCAUAU